AUGGAUGCAAUAUUAUCCCGAUUGAAGCAGCUGUCCCCUGAUGAGCUUAGAGAAGAAAUUGUAAGAGCAGGACUGAAAUGUGGGCCCAUUACCUCGACUACUAGGUUUAUUUUUGAAAAAAAAUUGGCUCAGGCAUUGUUGGAGCAGCAAGGAGUGUUGGAGGAAAAAGGAUCUGCUCUGUCAGAGGAGGCUGCUGGAAAUGUCCCAUCGGAUAGCUGCCGACCAGAAGCACAAAAGGCUUUGAAAACUACAGCAGUGAAUCACAACGGUCAUGGAAGUGUUUCUGAAGAGGCAGACUUUGGGUACUGCAUAGGUCUGAACCCUCCAGAAGAAGAUGCUGUGAUGCAUAUGAACUGUUCAGCUCCAGUCUGCGGAGCAGGAUGUGUUGAUUCACAAAUUAGUACUCAGACACCCUCCAGAGAUCCUCCACUGUUCUAUGGUGUUUGUCCAGUUUACGACGACAUAUUGGCAAGGAAUGAGAAAAUACAUGUUUAUGAAGAUAAAAAGGAAGCCCUCCAAGCUGUUAAGAUGAUUAAGGGUUCUCGUUUUAAAGCUUUUUCAAACAGAGAGGAUGCUGAGAAAUUUGCUAAAGGAAUCUGUGAUUAUUUCCCAUCUCCAAGCAAGUCCUCUUUAUGUUUGUCUCCAGUGAAAAUGGGAUCGUUUAACAGAGAUGGCUUAUGUUCCUCUGAGACUGAAACUGCUAAUAAGGAGAGAGCCAACAGUUAUAAAAGUCCACGUACUCAAGAUCUUACUGCUAAACUUCGGAAAGCUGUCGAGAAAGGAGAUACAGCAACAUUUUCAGAACUUAUUUGGAGUAACCCUCGCUAUCUAAUUGGGUCAGGAGACAAUCCAACAGUUGUACAGGAAGGGUGUAGGUACAAUGUCAUGCAUGUUGCUGCCAAGGAGAAUCAACCUAGUAUCUGCCAGUUAUUACUGGACACUUUGGAAAAUCCUGAAUUUAUGCGGCUUAUGUAUCCAGAUGAUAAUGAUAUAAUGUUGAAAAAUCGCAUCCAAUAUAUUGUUGACCUUUACCUUAAUACACCAGAUAAAAUGGGAUUUGAUACUCCAUUGCAUUUUGCCUGCAAGUUUGGGAAUCUGGACGUUGUUAAUGUGCUUACCUCACACCCAGCUAUUGUGAAAAAUCCAAGAAACAAAUAUGAUCAAACUCCAGCAGAAGUAGUUUGUGAAAGAAGCAAGAAUAAAUCUGCAGAAUUGAAAGAAAAACUAAGAGAGUACUUGAAAGGUCGAUACUAUGUACCACUCUUGAGAGCAGAAGACAAUUCCUCAGCUCCUGUAAUUGGUGUGCCAUGGUCACCCGAUCAGACAGAUGAUAGCCCUCAAAGAACAUUAUCUAAAUACACUGGCAGCCCCAAAGAUCCAGUGUUGUCAAUAAGAGCUUUUGCAGGCCCCAUGAGCCCCUCAAAGGCUGAAGAAUUCCGCAGGCUUUGGAAGACACCACCUCGAGAGCGAGCUGGCUUCUUUCACAAUGUCAGGAAAUCUGAUCUGGAGAGAGGUGUUGAAAGAGUUGGAAGGGAGUUAGCUCAUGAACUGGGGUUCCCGUGGGUUGAAUACUGGGAAUUUCUGGGCUGUUUUGUUGAUCUGUCUUCCCAGGAGGGGUUGCGAAAAUUAGAAGAGUACCUGAGUCAUCGGGAAAUGAGCGAAAAGGCUCAGGAAGAAACAGGGGAAAAUGAAACCUGCAAUAGAUACAAAACUCCACAUCCUUCUGGUAAGAGUAAAAAGUGCUGCAAUUCUAUUUCUGUUGGAGCAUUUUUGGAUGAGGAUGACGAUGAUAUGAGCUUAGAAGAAAUUAAAAACAGACAAAAUGCAGCACGGAAUAUCAGCCAACCUAUUGUGUCCAAAGAACCUAACAUUGAUGCUAUAGGGGACGCCGAGUGUGAUAUCUUGUCAAUGGAGCGUGCAGUAAACAUUAUAGAAACAUCGGAUCGCCCCAGGCACUAUGAAAAAUUGGCUUCCAGCAAAAAUGGAUUUUGUAAUCCUGUGUCCAGUGAAAUGAUAAUUAGUGACAGAAGGCAUUUGCAUGACGGAGAACAAUGCCUCAUAUCGCCCGUUUCCAAUUUAAUGUCAGAAUUUGAAAGCCUGUCAUUCCAAGAACAAGAGGUUGCAGGAGAAUCAAAUAAAAUUGCUGAAAAAACUGAGAAUGAGAGGAUUCUGGCUGAAGGAACAAGGCAGGUGAGACCACCCAAGGACCAUCUGGAUAAGAGCUGCUAUGCGGUUCCACUGGCAAGUUUUUCUGAGCCAAGUGUUACAGGUAAACCUGGAGAGACCAAGUUAAGGACAGAACACAAAGUGCCAUCAGCAAAAGAGAGACUGUCCAUGGAAUCUGCAGUUCAGACUAAUGAGGCACAACAACGUCAAGAACUUUCUUCCCAGAAAUUUCUUUUGAAGGCUUCACCCACAAAUGACGAUUCUAAGAAGUUAUUCCUGCUUGGGGAGCAGCCUUCCAAGCUGGAUAGUGAUGUCUUAGCAGCUAUAGAAGCAGUAGAGAUUGAUCCACAGAAAUACCCGACUAUUUACAAGUGGAAACAUGCGGUGCAGUCAUACUCUUCAUCUGACAGGCAAAGUUGGCCAAGUCCAGCGCUGAAGGCAAAAUUCAAGUCCCAAACCAUCGCUGCUGGCCUUCCAAAUGCUUCAGUGUAUUCUACUUCAGGAAGAAACAGUCCCAUAACAGGAAGUCCAGGGAAAUACGGCAAUGCUCCCGCAUUCUCUCCAGACCCCGGGAGUCCUGGGCGCUACAGUCCAGCUUGCGUCAACCAUGCUCUGUUAAAACUGCGUUAUUUUUCAGAGCCUCCUGCCCACUAA